AUGCAUACUCCCCACUACCUGCUAAUUGCUGCUCUCCUCGCUGCCCCCACCCUCGCCCAUAUCGCCAUGAUCAAGCCCUUCCCCAUAAAACACAAACUCAACCCCAACACCGCCGCCGGCGGCGCCGAAUACAGCUACAGCUCCCCCCUACUAGCAGACGGCAGCAACUACCCCUGCAAGAACUUCCACAAGCUUCUCUCCACCCCCGAAGGCACCCCCGUCGAGACCUGGCCCGCCGGCACCGUCCAAAGCAUGGGCAUCGGCGACACCACCGGCGCCAACCACAACGGCGGCUCCUGCCAAGUCGCGCUCUCCGACGACUCCGGCGCAACCUUCAAGGUAAUCAAGAGCUUCAUCGGCGCCUGCCCCAUGAGCACGGGCCAGACGCUCGAAGUCGAGAUCCCCAAGCAGGCAAAAGACGGGAAAACCAUCUUCGCCUGGACAUGGUUCAACAAGACGGGCCAGCGCGAGAUGUACAUGAACUGCGCCGUGGUGACCAUCACGGGCGGCGGCAGCGGCCUCACAAGCACAGAGUGGCCACCCCUCUUCACGGCAAACAUCGGUGGGACAUGUAAAACCACAGAGGGCAUCGACACCGUCUUCCCCAACCCCGGCAAGAACGUCGUCACAGCCCAAGCAAACGUCAAACUUGGCCCUCCCGUCGGCGAAUGCGGCGCCGCAGGCGCCGGGUCUCCAGCACCCGCCGAGAGCCCAGCGGCUAGCGCAGCAGCCCCCUCACCGACCUUGUCACCCGCUGCGGCGGCCCCGCUUCCAGGCGGUGAGGCGGCGGCGUGCUCAUGCGUGUGUGGCGGGCCUAGCGGAUAUACGGUUAAUAUUGUACCCGCGGCGGCUGGCGUCUCGGAGGGCGCGAUGGCGGCGCGUACAGUGCCGCCGGAGAAUCUGGACACGAGCGGUCGGGAGGGCUUCUUGGAUGAGCGGGAGGAGGCAGGGACGGGGCCGACGUGUGGUGCGAAGCGCCGUGAUCAUAUGCGCCGUCAUGCGAAGAGUAGGAGGUCGGUUACUGCUGAAAGGGAGUAG